UUAAAGUUAACCUCAUUUUAAGGAAAUACGAGAAUUUGGAAAUGAGUACAGAAAAUAUGUGAAAAUGUCGACAAAUACAGAAAUAAUUUUGGAAAUUGAGGAUACGCCAGUAAUUUGUAAUAAAGAAGACUUAAUUUCCAACAGUGAUUACUUUAAGGCUAUGUUGGAGGGAGAUUUCAUUGAAAAAAGUCAAAGCAAAAUAAAACUAGAGGAUGUCGAUUUAAAAGCAAUGAAUAUAAUUUUAACUUUACUUUGGGAUGAAUCGUACUUGAUUCCAAACGAAGAUAUAUUAUUGGUACUCCAUACUGCAAGCAUGUUACAAUUUACGAAAAUAAGAAAUACGUGCCUAGAGAAAAUCACUGAGAUGUUGUGUCCAAAAAAUUGUAUUAAAAUUUGGCGUAUAACGGAACAGUUGGAUAUAAAACCUUUAUUUUUGAAAGCUAAAGCUAUGGCUUUGGAUGAAUUUUUAGAAAUCAAAGACACUGACUGUAUUCUUGAAUUUAGUCUAGAAGAAAUUUGUUGUUAUUUAGGCCAUAUUAAUUUAAAAACAGACACAGAAAUAAAUGUUUUCCAAACUGCUAUGAGAUGGUGGUAUGAAAAUAAUGAGCAGUAUUUUGAAAAUUCUACAAACAUUUUAAUUAAAUUGCUCAGCUGUAUUGAUUUUCAAAAUAUAACUGACAAUUAUUUGAAAGAAAUUAUGGUAUAUCCAGAUAUAGCUAAUAAUGUAGAUAUAACACAGAUUCUGUCAUGUUUAUUGUUAUUAAAAAAUGAAAAAUCAAUAGAUCAUUUCUCUGAAAUUUAUCAAAAAAACGCUAAUCUACUAUAUACAUGUAGGAAUAGAAUAUCAUCUAGGUUUCCUUGCAUAUUAGUAAAUUAUAUUCAAUCGGAUGGGAAAAAUAAGAAAGUUAAAACACUUCAAGAACAGCAUCAUCAAAUUAUUUAUUAUGAUAAAUUCAAACGUAAAAGGUUGUAUGAGAUUUUGGAUAACGCAUAUAAAAAUGAUAAGUUAACUGUGAUUUAUUAUGAUUACAUUGCUCGUCAGUUCAAAAACUUUUUCGAUAUAGACGGGAAAAAAUGUUCCAGUUUAGAUGGGUUUAAGUUGGUUGGAUACAAAGAAUUUAUAUUCAUGUAUGGAGGAGAGUUUCUGAUUGGCAAAGGAAACUGGAAUUAUAAUUUUUGGGUAUAUGAUACAAUACGAGAAAGGUGGGAGAGAAAGUGUGUGCUACCUUUUCCUAGAAGACAUUUUGAAACCUGCUUGGUUGGCGAUAUUUUAUAUAUAGUGGGGGGUACAGGAGUCUUUCGAGUUAUUCAAGAAAAUAUGUUUUGGUACAGUUACAAAGACGAUAAAUGGAGUGCUCAAAUGGCUUUGCCCUGUUCCGGUAGACAACUUAAAUGCUGUAGUUUCCUGAAUCAAUUGUUUAUACUUAAUGUCAACAAUAAAUGUGGGUAUUUCUUUGAUGAUAAAACUUUUCAUUGGCUGAAAAUGGAUGUAACGAUUGAUGAUACACUCGUAAGCAAUGAAGCUGAGUUUGCAGUUUUUUCAUAUAAGGAUAAGUUGUAUAUAAAAGGUAAAAAUUUGGUAGAAUUUAAGGUAGCCGAUAAAGAAAUAUCUGUAGUUUCUGUUAAAGAGGUAUCCGACAUAAUCUGUGAUAAAUUGGAACUGGUGUUGUGUGAUAAUAUUGCUUAUACGUUUUAUAAAUAUAGAUGUGAUGAUAAUGAUUUGUACUGUUUGGAAACCUACAACUUAGACACUGGUGAUGCAGGUUUCAUAUUUAAAGAUGUGUCAAGCGAUGAAACUGUGAUAACUGCAGAUGGUGACAAAUAUGGUGUUAGUUCUUUGAAGAUACUGUCUUUUCAACACUGUAGUUUAGUGGAAAAGAAUAAUCUAGUUAACGAUUCCUUUUGUUAAGAUUUUUUUAAUA